AUGCCCGACUCUCCCGCCCACCAAAGGGGCGUGGUCCGGGGGUGUGUGGGCGUGUCCGCGCCUGCGCAGUGCGGCGUGCGGCGGCGUGCCCGGCGCUCCCGCCGGUUCCUCGACGCGGCGCCCAUGGAUCCCCCGCGGCCCUUCCGCCUGCCCGGCCCCGCCGCGGGCCCCGCUCCCCCGGCCAGGCUGCGGGGGCUCCCGGGCCGCGCUCAGCGCCUGGCCCACCCCCAGCCGCCGCUCUCCGCCAUGCUGUGCGAGCUGGGGCUGGGCGAGCGGCCCUGCCCGCCGCUGGAGGCGGGGGACUGGCCCAUGGGUGUGGAGGAGGCUCUGGCACGGCCCAGCCUGGCCAUGGAGGAUGAGGAGGGGUUGGUGGCACUUCCCACACGUGGGCGGAUCCUGUGGCGGGGCAGAGGGGACGCGCUGCCCGUGCCCCCCGGCAGAGACGCGGCCGUGCCGUCCCGUGGGAAGCCCAGCAUCGCCACCACACCCGUGCUGCGCCCACCAGGAUCCCGGCCCUCCUGGCCGCCCACGUCCACCGCAGCGCACCCCCAGCCUGCCAGCAAACCCACACCGGGGACGAAGCCGGUGGCGAAGGGAACCACUGUAUCCGUGGGGCUGAACUCGGUUAAAAUCCACUGCCAGAACGAAGCCGUCUAUCAGUACCACGUCACCUUCAGCCCCGAGGUGGAGUGCAGGAGCAUGCGCUUCGCUAUGCUGAAGGAGCACCGGGAGGUGACCGGGGACGUCACUGCCUUCGAUGGCUCCAUCCUCUUCCUGCCCAUCCUGCUCCCCCAGACCGUCAGACUGAAGACACAGAGGAGAAGUGACGGCGAGGAGGUGGCCAUCACCAUCCAGAUGACCAAGGUCCUUGAGCCCAGCUCGGAUCUCUGCAUCCCCUUUUACAACGUGGUUUUCCGGAGGGUGAUGAGAAUCUUAGAUCUGAAGCUUGUUGGGAGAAAUUUCUUUGAACCCACCCAGGCCACCAUAGUUCAGCAUUACAGGCUGCAGAUUUGGCCGGGAUACUCCGUCAGCAUCCGCAAGAAAGACGGCGGCCUCUUCCUCUUGGUCAACUCCAUCCACAAAGUCGUCCGCAGUGAUUCCGUCCUGAAUGUCAUGCACAGCAUCUACAAGCAAGACCCCAACAGCUUCCAGGAUGAGUGCACCAAGCAGCUGGUGGGCAGCGUGGUCAUCACCCGCUACAACAACCGCACCUACCACGUGGAUGACAUCGACUGGAACAAGACCCCGAGGGACAGAUUCACCCUGGCAAGCGGCGAGGAGGUCACGUUUGUGGACUACUACCGCAAAGCCUACGGGAUCACCAUCAAGGAGCUGGACCAACCGCUGCUCAUCCACAGGCCCAGGGAAAAGCAGACGCCAGCUGGGAGGCGUCAGCUGGACAUGGUCCUGCUGGUGCCGGAGCUCACCUUCAUGACCGGCAUCCCCGAGAUGAAGAACAGCCGAAUGUUGAAGGACGUGACGCGGGAGAUGCUGCAGAGCCCCAGCCAGCACUACGCCAGUCUCAUCAACCUCCUGCGCAGGAUCACGGACAACGCGGACGCCUCGGGGGAGCUGAUGCGCUGGGGGCUCCGCCUGGACCCCAACAUCCACUGGACGCAGGGGCGUGUCCUACCCAUGGAGAGGAUCAACCUGCGGUACAGCUCGUUCAUCCCCAACGAGGAGCUGAGCUGGAACAAGGAGAUCACGCAAGAAGCCCCGAUCUCGGCGAUCUCCAUGAACUACUGGGUGCUGGUUUACCCCAAGCGGCUGCAGGACGUGUCCAGGGAGCUGACGGCCACCAUGGAGCGCUCCUGCGGCUCCAUGGGCAUGCACGUGGGCCCGCCCGCCAUUCUGGAGCUGAAGGACGACCGCAUCGAGACCUACACCAAGACCAUCCGGGGCAUUUUGGGGAGCGAGGACAAGGUGCAGCUGCUCCUGUGCAUCAUCUCCGGCAACCGCGACGAUCUGUACGCGGCCAUCAAGAAGCUUUGCAGCAUCCUGUCCCCGGUGCCCUCCCAGGUCAUCAACGCCCAGACCCUCAUGGGGCCGGUGGGGAAGAUGAGGAACGUGGUGCAGAAAGUGCUGCUGCAGAUCAACUGCAAGCUGGGCGGCGAGCUCUGGGGGGUCGAUAUCCCCCUGAAACAGCUGAUGGUCAUCGGCAUGGACGUCUACCACGCCCACAACAAAGGGCUGCGCUCCGUCAUCGGCUUCGUGGCCAGCAUGAACCCCAUCCUCACCAAGUGGUAUUCGCGGGUGGUGUUCCAGAUGCCGCACCAGGAGAUCGCCGACAACCUGCGCCUCUGCCUGGCCGAUGCCCUCCAGCACUUCUACGAGAUGAACCACUGCUUGCCCAAGAAGCUGGUGGUGUACCGGGACGGCGUGUCCGACAGCCAGCUCGACACUGUGCUCAAGUACGAGAUCCCGCAGAUGCAGCGAUGCUUCGAGACCUUCGAGAGCUACCAGCCGCGCAUGGUGGUGCUGGUGGUACAGAAGCAGGUCAGCACCAACUUCUACACCGGCGCGUCCGAGCCCUUCACGGCGCCCCCGCCCGGCACCGUCAUCGACCACACGGUCACCAGCUCACAGUGGCAGGAUUUCUUUCUGCUCGCCCACCGGUCGCGCCAGGGCUGCAGCGUCCCCACGCGCUACGUCUGCGUGCUCAACACGGCCCAGCUCAGCGCUGAGCACCUGCAGAGGUUGACUUUCAAGCUGUGUCACCUGUACUGGAACUGGCCGGGCACCGUGCGCGUCCCAGCGCCCUGCAAAUACGCGCACAAGCUGGCGUUCCUGGCCGGCCAGGUCCUGCACCACGAGCCCGGCGCUCAGCUCCGCGACAGGCUCUUCUUCCUAUAGCCGCCCCGCUGGCAACGGGAAGGGGGAACAGCGCGAUUUUGGGGGUUCCGCACCCCCGGGAGCUCAGGGUUGGAUUCCCUUACAUGUAGGGGGGGGUUUGUAUGUCUAAUUUAUUUCUGCGCUUGGGUUCACGGUUGGGUUGAGGAGGAUGCUCGGGUGGUACCCGGAGCCACCGGGGUUUGGCUCAAUGGGAAUAAACCCGGAGCAAAACCCUGCACUGGUUUCCAAUCCUCCCAGCAAAGGGAUCGGAGCAAAUAAGCCCUAAAAGUGGCGCAGCUCAUCCCUGCAAAUCCAAACAUUUCCGUUGGGUUUCCCCAAAAUCCGAGGUUUCUUCUAUUUCUCCACAAAUCCAAAGAUUUAUCGUAUCUUUUUCCCCCAAAUCCAAAGAUUUAUGCUAUUUCCCCCCCCCAAAAUCCAAAGAUUUAUGCUAUUUUUUUCCCCUAAAAUCCAAAUAUUUGUGGUAUUAUUUCCCCCCCAAAUCCAAAGAUUUAUACUAUUUUUUUUUCCCCCCAAAUCCAAAUAUUUUGGGUAUUUUCCCCACCCAAAAUCCAGAUAUUUUGGGUAUUAUUUCGCCCCCAAAUUCAAAUAUUUUGGCUAUUUUCCCCACCCAAAAUCCAAUUAUUUUGGGUAUUAUUUCCCCCCCAAAAUCCAAAGAUUUCUGCUAUUAUUUCCCCCCAAAAUCCAAAGAUUUCUGCUAUUAUUUCCCCCCAAAAUCCAAAGAUUUAUGCUAUUUUUCCCCCCUAAAAUCUAAAGAUUUAUGCUAUUUCUUCCCCCCAAAAUCCAAAGAUUUCUGGUAUUAUUUCCCCCCAAAAUCCAAAGAUUUAUGCUAUUUCCCCUCCAAAAAAUCCAAAGAUUUAUGCUAUUAUUUCCCCCCAAAAUCCAAAGAUUUCUGGUAUUACUUUCCCCCAAAUCCAAAGAUUUAUGCUAUUUUUUUGCCCCCCCAAAUCCAAAGAUUUCGGGUAUUAUUUCCCUCCAAAAUCCAAAGAUUUCGGGUAUUAUUUCCCUCCAAAAUCCAAAGAUUUCGGGUAUUAUUUCCCCCGAAAUCCAAAGAUUUCCGAUGUUUCUUCCCCCAAUCUCUUGCUCCCAGUUUCAAACUCCUUCCUUUGCUUUUCGAGCUCCGGUUUCUCAAACCCGGCUCCGGUUUGGCUGCUCGGCGCCUCCUUCAGCAUCCACUGGCUUUUCAAGAACCCUUUCUCAUCAUCAUUAUUAUUAUUACAUCUUAUUUCAUGCUGGUGGAGGGGCCGCUCGAGAUCCCGGGGCCAAAACCUCCUGUUUGAGUUGGUAUUCCGGCUGUUCUUUUGCCAUAUUUGAGCCUAUGGAGCCUGAAGCUAUUUGGGGGCUGCAGAGCAAGAGCACCCCCAAAAUCACCCAUAUUUCACCUGCGUGAGCACCGGUAUGAUUUGGGGUACAGUGGGAGCGCCCCCCCCACACCUCUCCCCUCCUUUUAAUGGGGAAAGGUUAGCAAUAUUUGCAUUUAUUACUUUUUCUGCUGUACCUAUAGUUUUGGGUUGACUUCAAUAAAAGUGUUGCUGGCA